ACCAUUUGAUUGUUGUGGAAUUUAAAAUCUUUUUUCUUCUUUUUUUUUCAUUUUGUUAUCUUAGCAAUUUUUGAUCAAAACUGGGGAAUGCGCUGAUGCGAUGGUAAUAGUCGGGUAAUUAGAGUUGCAAGUGAUAGUUAUUGGAUUUUUGGGAUAUAAGAAACACAAGCCAUUGAUACUCAAACGGUAAACGAACAGAGUACUUCUAUACUCUUACCUACAACCCACUUAACAAUAUUGACAUCAAUUGAUUUAUCAGAACAUACAAAAAAAAAAAAAAAAAAACAAGCCAAAGAUAACACACGCCAAACCAAAAGACCAAUAUCGUUCACACAACAAAAAAAAAACUUCACAGUUUUUCUCUGAAAAGUAUCGAUGUAACAACAUCAUGAAGAAGAUAUUACGAUAUUGGUUUUACGUAUUUUCAAUUUUAACAAUUACCAACAAGGAACUUAGGGCUGACAAUGGCAAUAACGAAGUCGACGACGACGAUGACAGCGUCAGCAUCAACAACAACAACAACUGUCCUGCUAUAUGUGGUGAUGGUAAGGAUAGUAGUCACAACCUGUGUCUGUCAUCUUUGACACAGCAAGAUUGUGCUCCCAACGAGUAUAUAACUCCAAAUGCAGGCAUCUGCAAUUGUUGUCCGUUAUGUGUUGGUGGUUUGGGUGGACUUCAUGAAGAGUGCAACGAACAAAGUCCUUGUGCAAUGGGCUUAAAGUGUGACAAAACAAUGACUUGCCAGUUGGAUAAAAAUACGUGUGCUUAUUCGUAUCACUUGGCGGGCGUAACCCGCCUUCCGAGUUGUGAAGUAGAUGGAAGCUUUGCAGCGGUUCAAUGUAAAGGCGAUCGAUUAAGUGGAAGAUGCUUUUGUUACUCAGAGACAGGAAAACGAAUCCAUGGCUGGUCAUGGUGGCGCGAAUCUGAAGGCAUGACGUGUGCCUGCAGUCGUAUGAAAUAUAAAAUGAUUCAAGACGGCUUGGGUGAUAAUACCCUACACUGCGACUCAAUGGGCAAUUUCGAAGCCCUCCAAUGCACAGGGGGUGUGUGUUGGUGUGCCGAACCGACAACUGGCCAAAUUCUAAGUGGAACACGAGCCGUUCCAGAAGCAAUGUGGAAGUUUUUGCCGUGUUAUGAUUUUAGCAAAUUUGGUUCAACAUAUUUAAGACAAUGUGAGAGUUCUGCUUAUGCACAGAAUUUAUUAAAGAAAGCAUAUGCGGCGCAUGGCACAACGGAAAUUGAGUUCAAUAACAUUUUGUGUGACUAUGAUGGUUCUUAUGGAAGAUAUUCUAUUUCUAAUGGCAUAGCAUCUUGUUAUUGGAGAGAUGGCACAAGACUCGGUUCGUUUCAAGUACAAUCCAACAAAGUGACAUCGAUGAAUUGCUACUGUGCACGUGAUCAGAAAAUAUUCAGCGAAGCUGGAAUGAUACAUCGCCUGACAUGCAGUGGCAAUGGUAAUUAUGAAUCCAUUCAAGAUAUAAAUGGAAAAAUAUUUUGCGUGGAUGGGGAUGGUUUUGCCGUUUCCGAUCCAGUGGAAACAGAUAUUUUACCUGACUGCUCUAAAUACAUUUAUUAUGAAACAAGAGGUGUCUUGGAUUAGAGUUACAGUUGCAAUUGUUGUUAUUGUUUAUAACAAAAAAAAAAUAAAAUGAAUUAUUAUUUCACAUUACAAAUUGUAUACACUUACCAACUAAC